CAGCGUCAUCUAGGGGCAGGGCUUAAGGCUCUUGUCUUGUAGCUACAAACAGCACGUUGAAUUGGGACACUUCCGGGUAAAAGAGCUUUAAAAAUGCUCAAAACCCCGCGAAUGACAGCUCUAAUCUUCGAAGUUGUAUGCCCAGAUGGUUAAGUAGCGGUUGAGAGGAAUGGCUUUUUUUCGUCAGCUUGUCCUCCUGCUGUGGAAGAACAUCACCUUCCGCAGGAGAAACAAGAUUCAAUUGAUCAUCGAGAUCAUCUGGCCCCUCUUUCUCUUUGUCAUCCUCAUUGCUGUUCGUGAUUCAAAUCGUCCUUACAAACAGGGACAGUGUCACUUUCCAAACAAAGCUUUGCCAUCAGCAGGCACCCUGCCCUGGAUUCAAAGUAUGAUCUGCAAUAUCCACAAUCCCUGCUUGAGCCAAAUGACGCCAGGAGAGACUCCAGGUCAAGCUGGCAACUUUGACAAAGCCAUAAUUUCUCGUGUCUUCGUGGACGCACAGAUGUUAUUGUCUCGGGUUGCAAAGCAGAGAUCGUCAGGCCUGCAGGAUCUGACAGACAGCAUCCAGAAGCUGGCAAAUGAACCUGGAUUCUGGCCAAAUCACCGACUAAAAGACUACCUGAGAGCCAACGAGACAUUUUCCACCUAUUUGCUCAACAACUCCGGUCUCUCCUCAGUGACUGUUGAUCAACUGCUAAAGGCUCGCCUCAAUUUUCGGGCUUCUCGAGUGGGACCUCAGCUGAAGCUUCAGGACUUGUUGUGUGAUAUAAAUGCAUUGAGAGAGUUUCUGACUGUGGAUGAAGGGGAUGAAGCUCUGUCUGAUCUGCAAAAACAGCUGUGUGACCUGCCUGCUGACGUCAUUAGCAAGGCUGAGCGACUUUUUCUCUCUCAGUUGGACCCCAGAAAGUUGUUCACGGUUGAUUUUCUUCGGGCCAAUAUGAUGGACUUGAUGAAUAUCAACAAAGCCAUUGGCUCUUUAGCCCAGGAUCUUAGUGUCAUCACGGAUAGUUUGUCCAGCUUCACAGACCUGAGGGAGGAGCUGCGCUUUGUCUUUCUGGAGAAUCAGACACUUCUACCCAGGCGCAGUUCCCAGGCGUUCUCAAACAUAAUGUGUGGCUACAACGUUAUUGGCGGGGCUUCCAUCCCUUCACUCAACUGGUAUGAAGACGACAGCGUCAAGUCGUUCUUGGGAAAAAACGACCCAGAAGACAAGAAUCUUCAUCAUGAUUUUAAAGAACCUUUUUGUCGAAACUUGAUUCAAACUCUGGAGUCCAAUCCUCUGUCAAGCAUUGUAUGGCGAGGAAUGAAGCCUCUUUUAGUUGGAAAACUCCUGUACACACCUGACACACCUGCAGUUCAACAAGUUAUGAAAAAGGUGAACCAGACUUUUCAGGACCUCCAAAUCUUCCAGGAUCUUAACGAAGCUUGGUUGGAGCUGGGACCCGAAAUUAAGAAAUUUAUGGAGACUAGUAUGGAAAUUCAGAUACUACAGAGUUUGCUUGAGAGUCCAGAUUUUGCUAGAAUGGUCAACCUGCUACUGCGGAACACGACCUGGACAGCCUCAUGGAUUGCGCAUUUCCUAUCCAAAACCGUACCAGAUGCGCCACGGAAUCCAGGAGAACCUCCCACCUGGUUGGAAACCUACAACGAUGUCGAUCAUGCCAUCGCCGCACUUGCACGAGUCACUCAGUGUUUUUCCGGCAACAAGCUGAAGGGGUUGAAGAAUGAAGAUCAGCUGAUCAACAAGGCUUUGGAGCUCCUUGAGGACAGAAAGUUUUGGGCAGGUGUGGUGUUUCUGCUUCCUAACACUUCUUCUUCUGAGCUGCCGCCGCACGUCAAGUACAAGAUCCGAAUGGAUAUCGAUGAGGUUACCCGUACUAAUAAGAUCAAAGACAGGUUUUGGGAUCCCGGCCCAGCAGCUGACGCCAUUAAUGACAUGCGCUACAUUUGGGGUGGAUUUGUGUAUGUUCAGGACCUGGUAGAGAAAGCACUGACUGGAGUAAAACAAAGGAUUGGCAUCUAUGUUCAGCAGAUGCCUUACCCAUGUUAUGUGGAUGAUGUGUUCCUCAGAGUGUUGAACCGCUCUCUUCCGCUCUUCAUGACACUGGCCUGGAUUUAUUCAGUGGCAAUGAUCAUCAAAUGUGUGGUGUAUGAGAAGGACGCCAGGCUGAAAGAAACCAUGAGAAUUAUGGGUCUGAAUACCGGAACAUUGUGGCUCGGCUGGUUCAUCAGCAGCCUCGUACCUUUUCUGUUCUCUGCUGCACUCCUGAUUGCAAUACUAAAGUGGGGCGAUAUCUUGCCGUACAGCAACCCGGCUGUCGUGUUUUUUUUCCUGUCUGCAUUUGCCACUGCCACUAUCACGCAGUGUUUGUUCAUCAGUACAAUCUUCUCCAAAGCCAACCUGGCCGCCGCAUGUGGAGGACUCAUAUACUUCAGCCUCUACCUUCCCUACGUACUGUGCGUGGCCUGGAGAGACCUCCUUAACACAACCCACAAGGUCUUUGCUAGUUUUUUGUCUCCUGUGGCCUUUGGGUUUGGCUGUGAGUAUUUCUCUCAAUACGAAGAGCAAGGCAUCGGCAUCCAGUGGCACAAUUUAUGGUCCAGUCCUGUGAAAGGAGACUCAUACAACUUCAGCACGGCGAUAGUUAUGCUUUAUGUGGAUGCUUUCAUCUACAUUAUCGCAGCCUGGUACAUCGAUGCUGUGUUCCCUGGUGACUAUGGUAUCCCCCGACCUUGGCACUUUCCUUUUCAUAUGAAUUACUGGAGUGGAAUACCCCUGGAGGCCGGCAUGCUAAUCCCACCUGCCCCUCCUGAGCAAGGGGAAGAUCAUAUUGAACCAGAGCCUAGUAACCUGGUCCUUGGCGUAAGCAUAACAAACCUGGUGAAAAUCUAUGAGAAAGGAGGCAAGUUGGCUGUCAACCACCUCAACCUGAAGUUCUAUGAAGGGCAGAUCACAUCAUUUCUGGGCCACAACGGAGCAGGCAAAACUACUACAAUAUCUGUCCUGACCGGUUUGUUCCCACCUACCUCGGGGACAGUGUACAUCAACGGGAUGGACAUUCGCUACGACAUGGACAUCAUCCGAAGGACCCUAGGCGUGUGUCCGCAACACAAUAUCCUGUUUGACACUUUAACAGUGGAGGAGCAUGUGUGGUUUUAUGGACGUCUAAAAGGUUUGUCUGAAGAAGAGGUGAAGGCAGAGAUGGACCCUCUACUCGAUGAUGUUGGUCUGCUGCACAAAAGACAUGAACAAACCAAAAACCUCUCUGGUGGCAUGCAGAGGAAGCUGUCUGUGGCAAUUGCAUUUGUUGGAGGCUCCAAAGUGGUUGUUUUGGAUGAACCUACAGCAGGGGUAGACCCGUACGCCCGCAGAGGUAUCUGGGACCUGCUGCUCAAAUAUCGCAAAGAUCGAACCAUCAUCCUGUCCACUCACUACAUGGAUGAGGCGGAGCUACUUGGUGAUCGAAUAGCUAUCAUCUCCCAUGGAAAGCUAUGCUGCUGUGGGUCGCCCCUCUUUCUAAAAUCUAAACUGGGAUCUGGCUACUACCUGACCGUGGUCAAGAAAGAACAACUGAACCCCAGCACACCCACCCAGGGGCGUCGAGGUGGGGGGGACAGCAUGUCUAUGAGUGGAGACACCGAGCUGCUGAGUGACGGCAACACCACAUUUGGGGCUGCACUGCUCUCUUUGGCGCGGCACCACAUUCCUGGUGCAAGGGUGGUGAAUGAAUCAGGUCGCGAGGCAGUGGUGAAAAUACCCCAGGAAGCUGCCAAGGACAGCAGGUUGGCUGUUUUCCUGACUGAACUGGAUCAGAAGCUGGGUGAACUUGGAAUCCUCAGCUACGGCUUGUGUGACAGCACGUUGGAGGAAAUCUUUCUUCGAGUGGCCGAGGAAUCUGAUAUUGAUGCUGAAACAGAGCUCGAUGCUGGUCCUUCUCAGCGGUCACAACCAUCAGAGCCGUGGCAACAUUUUGAAGUAUCAGAGACAGGAAGGAAAAGGCUUCGUAGGCAAGAACCACUGGAGACGGACAUGCUAAGUGGAGAUGGCCAAGGUGGAUUACCCCUGACAGGAUGGUGGCUGAUCUGGCAGCAGCUGAGAGCUCUCUUUAUUAAACGAUGGCUGUAUGCUCGCAGGAGUCGCCGGGGCUUCUUUGCUCAGAUUGUCCUGCCUGGUGUGUUUGUGCUGGUUGCUCUGCUCGCCAGUCUCAUUGUACCGCCAUUAGGGAAGUACCCUGUCCUGAAGCUCGAGCCCUGGAUGUAUGGAGAACAGUUCACUUUCUUCAGCAACGAUGCUCCUGAAAAUCCAGUUUUGGAGAACCUGCUGGAAGCUCUGCUCGACAAGCCAGGUUUUGGAACCAAGUGUAUGGUGGACGAAGACAAUAACAUGGCACCUGAGUGUGACAGCCAGCAAGGGCGUUUGUUCAUACGGCCUCAGGUGUCCUACUCCGUUCUGCAAAUGUUCAAUAGAGGCAACUGGACCAAAAAGAGGACUCCUGACUGUCAAUGCAGCACAGACGUUGUCAGACGGAUGCUCCCUGAAUGUCCGCAGGGGGCCGGUGGACUUCCGCCACCACAGAUCAAGAGGCAGACAGGGGACAUCCUCCAAAAUCUGACAAAUUAUAACAUCUCAGAUUACCUGGUGAAGACCUACCCACAGAUCCUUAAGAAAAGCCUGAAGACCAAAAAAUGGGUGAAUGAAUUUAGGUACGGAGGUUUCUCCCUGGGAGGCAAUACCAUCAAGACUUCACCUCAGGAACUCUCUGUCCAAGAUUCCAUUAGGAAAAUCAGAACCCUCUACCCUGUUCAAUUGGAUGAGCGAUUGAAUGGUGCAUUGGAUAAAUUCUUAGACAAGCUGCCUGGUUUUGUGGAACGACUUAACACUGAAACCAAUGUCAAGGUGUGGUUCAAUAACAAAGGUUGGCAUGCGAUGGUAUCAUUUGUUAAUGUGAUGAACAACGGCAUUCUCCGAGCCGGCCUGCCACCUGGUCAACAGAAACAAAAAUAUGGCAUCACUGCAUACAAUCAUCCAUUAAACCUCACCAAAGCGCAGCUUACCCAAGUUGUCAUCAAGACAACAUCAGUGGACGUUCUGAUUUCUGUCUGUGUGAUGUUUGCCAUGUCCUUUGUGCCAGCCAGUUUUGUCCUUUUCCUGAUUGAGGAGCGAGCCAGUAAAGCCAAACACCUCCAGUUUGUCAGUGGUGUCAAACCAUUCCUCUACUGGGUGGCAAAUUUUUCCUGGGACUUGCUAAACUACACUGUCCCAGCCAUCAUGGUGGUGGUGAUAUUCAUCUGUUUCCAGCAACAGGCUUACGUCUCUGCAACCAACCUGCCAGCUCUUGUUCUGCUCCUCCUCUUCUAUGGGUGGUCCAUCACUCCUUUGAUGUACCCAGCAUCCUUUGUGUUCAGCGUUCCCAGCACGGCCUACGUUGUCUUGACCUGCAUCAAUCUCUUCAUCGGAAUCAACGGCAGCAUUGCAACGUUUGUCUUGGAAUUGUUUAACGAUGAGUAUUUUAGGGAGGUGAACAUUAUCCUGAAGAAGGUGUUUCUCAUCUUCCCUCAUUUCUGCUUGGGACGAGGACUCAUCGACAUGGCAAAGAAUCAAGCCAUGGCCGACAUCUUUCAGAGACUAGGCAAUAAGCAGACCCCGGAUCCUUUCCAGUGGGACUUUGUCGGGAAAAACCUCUUUGCUAUGGCAGUUGAGGGCAUUUUUUUUUUUAUCUUCACCAUAUUGUUGCAGUACGCAGUCCACAGGCGCUGCAGACCAUGGUGGGUUGGGUCUGAGAUCCCUCCUCUCAGCCCAGAAGAUGAGGACGUGGCCAAGGAGAGAGAACGGGUUAAAAGUGGCAAAGCUAAAACUGACAUCCUGACCAUGAUGGACUUGAGCAAAGUGUAUGGAGCAGGCAGGAAGCCAGCAGUGAAUCGUCUCUGUCUGGGGAUUCCUCGUGGUGAGUGUUUUGGCCUCCUUGGGGUCAAUGGAGCAGGGAAGACAACUACAUUUCGCAUGCUGACAGGAGACACACCCGUCACUUCUGGAAUGGCUUUCCUCGACCACCACAGUAUCCUGACAGAGAUAGAGAGAGUUCACCAGCUGAUGGGCUACUGCCCGCAGUUUGAUGCCAUUAGCCACCUGCUGACUGGCAGGGAACAUUUGGAGCUGUUCGCCCGUCUACGGGGGGUACCUGAAAGGUCUGUCACCAAGGUGGCUCAAUGGGGCGUGAAGAAGCUGGGAUUGAGCCAGUAUGCUGAACAAGAAGCUGGACGCUACAGUGGAGGCAACAAGAGAAAGCUUUCCACUGCUAUUGCCCUCAUCGGAGCUCCACCAGUCUUAUUUCUGGAUGAGCCCACUACUGGCAUGGAUCCUAAAGCAAAAAGGUUCCUGUGGAACUGCAUCCUCAGCAUCACCAAAGAGGGAAGGGCUGUAGUUCUGACCUCCCACAGUAUGGAGGAGUGUGAGGCUCUCUGCACCAGAAUGGCCAUCAUGGUCAACGGCAGGUUCCAGUGUCUUGGAUCAGUGCAACAUUUGAAAAACAGGUUUGGUGACGGCUACACCAUCAUCCUACGUCUGAGAGACAGUCAAUCCAAUCCAGGCUCAUGCCCCGUCAUCAACUACAUGAAGCACUCCUUCCCUGUCAUCGAGCUGAAGGAGCAACACCACAACAUCCUGCAGUACCAGCUGCCCUCACACGCCUGUUGCCUGGCUCAACUGUUUGGUGUGCUGGCCAACAACUAUGAGGAGCUGGGCAUUAGCGACUUCUCUGUUUCACAAACCACCCUGGACCAGGUCUUUGUCAACUUUGCAAAGGCGCAGACUGACGAUGACCUGCUCAUGGAGGUGAUCAGCAGUAACGGAGAAGAUCUCACCAACCCGACCACCCCAAACACUCACAAUAACCCUCGCACCGUCCAAACCCCGCCUUCAAUGCCACUGCAGCCAGUGACAACCUCCCCUGACAAAGAAAAAGGGGGGAAAGUGAAAACAUCCAAAGUUCUAAGCGAUGAAAGCAGCCAAUGCUCGAGUGGUAGUGAUGAUGAUGAUGAUGAUGGUGGUGGGGGCGGCGGCAGUCAAGGAGCGGUGAGUCACAGAGAUCCUUCUGCUCUCUUCAUAGUGGGCCCCAGCACAGUGGAGACCCCACUGUGACAUUGUCCCAAUCCAAUUAGUAGCUCUAUGUUCUAUACAUCAAUGUUCAAUUGGAAGGUAAAGAGGACUUACGAUGGACGUCAUUUUUUCUGACUUGUAAAUGUUACAACGUUGGACAUGCGUGUGAUGAAAUGAUACGGUUCAUGCAUUUUGGCGUGAGCUUUCACGCAGUUUUGGAUGCCUCUUUUAGCAGGGUUUUGCAGUCUGGCUACGUUGUGACGUCGCCUUAAGGUGGAGGCACCUAUUUAGACAUUACUGGUAAGUCAAGCAAUCAGUAUUCAUCCAGGCAGUGGUUGUCAUGGCAACGCGUGCCACCAUGGUGAUAUAGUGUGUGUAUGCAGCUUCUCCCUGGCUGGAUAGGAAAAAUAAUCAGUAUAUAUAAUAAUCACUUAUGUAUGUAUGUAUGUGUAUAUAUAUAUAUAUAUAUAUAUAUAUAUAAAUCAGGCCAAAUGUUUGGGCACACCUCAUUCAAUGCGUUGUCUUUAUUUUCAUGACUAUUUACAUUGCAGAUUGUCACUGAAGGCAUCAAAACUAUGAAUGAGCACAUGUUGAGUUAUGUACUUAACAAAAAACAAAAAAAGGUGAAAUAACUGAAAACAUGUUUCAUAUUCUUGUUUCUUCAAAAAGCCACACUUUGCUCUGACUACUGCUUUGCACACUCUUGGCAUUCUCUGAUGAGCUUCAAGAGGUAGUCACAUGAUAUGGUUUUCACUUCACAGGUGUGCUUGAAGCCCAUUGAGAGAAUGCUAAGAGUGUGCAAAGCAGUAAUCAGAGCAAAGUGGGGCUUUUUGAAGAAACUAGAAUAUGAAACAUGUUUUCAGUUAGAUCACAUUUCACUCCAUAAUUUGUGUGUGUGUGUGUGUGUGUGUGUGUGUGUGUGUGUGUGUGUGUGUGUGUGUGUGUGUGUGUGUGUGUGUGUGUGUGUGUGUGUGUGUGUGUGUGUGUGUGUGUGUGUGUGUGUGUGUGUGUGUGUGUGUGUGUGUGUGUGUGUGUGUGUGUGUGUGUGUGUGUGUGUGUGUGUGUGUGUGUGUGUGUGUGUGUGUGUGUGUGUGUGUGUGUGUGUGUGUGCGCGCGCGCGUGCGUGCGUGCGCGCGACAAUCAAAGGCACUUUAACUCCACAUGUGUUCAUUCAUAGUUUUGAUGCCUUCAGUGACAAUCUAAAGUAUAAAUAGUCAUGAAAAUAAAGAAAACGUAUUGAACAAGGUGUGUCCAAACUUUUGGCCUGUAAAGUACAUGACAUUUACAUACAUAUAUAGACAUACAGUAUAUAUAUAUAUAUAUAUAUUAUAUAUAUGCGUGUAUGUAUAUGUAAAUAUAACAUGUAUAUAUGUAUAUCUGUAAAUGUAUAUGCAUUAUAUAUAUAUGUAUCUAUAUGUUUAUAUACAUGUGUAUAUAUGUAUAUAUGUGUAUACAUUUAUAUUAUACAUAUAUAUAAAUAUAUAUAUAUAUAUAUAUGAAUGUAUGUAUGUAUACUAUAUAUAUAUAUAUGUGUGUAUAUAUAUAUAAAUAUAUAUAUAUAUAUAUAUAUAUAUAUAUAUAUAUAUAUACACACACACAUACAUACAUAUAUGGUCAUAUUUGACAGGUUUACUUAUGAAGGCGCACUGCCAGAAUCACAAACAUUUUUCAAUUACACAGUGAAUAGUAUGGAAUAGAGCCCUUGAUGAGUUGCUGGAAAUACAAAUGUGAAGGAAAAGAAAUCACAAAAACUACCAGAAUGUUUUCCACUGAAUGUUCUUGUAAGCUGUUACAUAGUUGCACUUGAAGCAUGGUUGUUUACCUCGUCUACAUGUACGCUGUACGUCCUAUUUAAAUGUUGGACAGGGCAUUAUUCUAGUAUUUAUUAUACUUAUUUAUUUUACGGUUUGUCCUCUGACCAAUACAUUGUUGGAGUAAACCAUGGUUCUUUUCUUGAACAGUCUAAAGGUCAAGUCCACUGGAAGAUGGAACAAAAAGUAUUAAAAGUGGUCACAGAUAAAUGGUAGAGCGAUGGUCUCACUCUUGCAAAUCCAGUCAAGUCGGUCAAUCAAGAGCAAGAAUGAGUCUUCAUCCUCUUUAUUGGACAUGUGUUGUGUGUUUAAAGUUUAGUCAUUGGGGAUGUACAGUAUUUUUGGGGGGAAAUGAGGAUGUGUAGCUAAAUCAUUCCUGUCUUUGACAGCUCAAAUCUCAUUUAUCCUAGUGCAACACUCCUCAAUAUGUAAGACUAAACUAAAUUAAAAAAGCAACUUGCAAGCAUCCUUGAAGUAGCCAAAGAUGGAUACAACACAAGCUAAAGUGACCACUCUUAAAUGUUUUAUUAGGUGAAUUUAAGUCAAAUGAAAUGUGGAACAAACAAACGAAUAGACUAUUCUAACAGUGUGGUACACAGGUUGCCAAGGUUACAUAGACUCUCUUUCACUCAUUACAUAAUGUUUUACUUGUGUUACUUCUGAAGUUUGAACAUUUGAAAGUGUGCUCAGGUGUGGUUAAAAGUUUCCCAGUGAGCAUGUGCGAAUUUUGUCUUCAGGGUUUUCUUGUAGCCAUUUUCUUUUGUCCAGUCUAUCAAAUUCCAUGUAUUUAAUAAAAAAAAAACUAUACCGAC